UAGUGUACGUGGACGCUCAGCAAAAACGGUCCUGCUGUCCAACAAAUGUACCCAAACAGGCAGUCGCACCCAGUAAAACAGACAACACACAACAUACAGCUUCCCGCCGCAAUGCCAUGCAAAGUAUGCAAACAAAAACAAGCCUUCCCUUUGGAGGUGAUAUUUUAAACAAAAAACUGCACACUUUACUUACAUGACAGCGAGGACUCGCAAACCACCGCCGCCACCGUCUAACUCUACAUUACAGGAUAUUAUGAACUUGAUACAAUCUACAAAGCAAAAGCAAAAAACUAAUCGAGUGAUCGACCGGUUCCAUCCAGAGCGUUUCCUUCUCAAACAUUUUCUAACAUGCAAAUCUUCAGGGGUCAAGACUUUUUAACCCCCCCCCCUUGUGAGCGGUGUGCCGUGAAUGAUUUUGUUCUGUUUUUUUUUUUUUACUGGGGGACUUGAUUUCACCCGUUUUUUGGUAACAUCUUGUUAACCGUUUAUAAUAGUGAAUCACACACACAGUGCUUUGUUUGUGCUCGCAGUCCGAACGCAGUUUUUUGUUUCGGGCACGACGGCAGCUUACGGAAAUUGUUGUUCCCCUGUUCUAAACAUUUUCUAAACUAUUCCAAGCGCUUCUGGCUAUUCGGAGGCGUUCGUAAAGUACGAGUGAAAGUAACAAUCGAUACGAACACGAUCGACAAUUAGGCUAAACCUCAAUACCCCGUAUACUAACCCCCUCGAACAAUGCGAACAAUAUUUUCGAUUACAUAGACAAUCAAGUGAUUUCUUUUGUCGGCGGAACACUGAAACCCAUCCGUUACAAAAUGGUGUUCCCGACACGAAAGUUACCCUCCCCGGGGGUUCGGUUGUACGUUGAAGAACCAUUGUGAUUCUUCAUCCACAUUCACUCUUCAACACAUUUGAUACGGCCACUGGACGCGAGUGGGAAACAUUUACAUACACGGCCUUUAAAAUUAAGUCCAAUACCAAAAACAAAAAAAAGGGAUAAAUGUGAAGCGCAUACAAAAGAACUUAACCUACAGCUUACAAUCGAAAGCAAUACAAUCUUAUCACGUACACUCUUUUACACCUAUUGCAUCAUAGCCAUUUCAUUCACAGCAGUAUGAGGAAACCAAGGGGAAAUGAAAUACAAUCGAAAUUAAUAAGCAAGUAUACAAAACAGAGCACACAAUUUUACUGUUUCACAUUUUCUUCCGGUACUUGACAUUUGAUGCAAAAGAAAUAAAAAAAAAACAAACUCUGGCUUACACAAGAUAGAGCAGGCAUCAACAUUAACUUAACUUAUCUUGUCCGCAUCCCCUAUAUAGCAUUAAAUAUCUGAUUGCGAACGAAACGAUGAUGUUGCGUAGAAUUGUGUCGUGUAGAUCGGCUUUGCUAUACAACGCAACUUUAGGAUACCGUUGUGCUUGAGUUUUCUUCUGAUACAGCCAAGAACGUGAGUAACGUAACGCUAUUAUACCUAAAUAAAUGUUCUUCGGCUAAGCGAUGUUGCUGUGUACGUUUUGCGUAGUAGCCAAGCUAAAAAACAAAACAAAUCGGAAUACUAAUAUGAUAAACAAAGCAAAACAAACAAAACAAAACGAAUGCACGAAUAGUACUUACACACUGAAAGGAAGAAAGGUGAAAAAAGAAACAUAACUUACACAAACACUAUACAUGCAAAACAUUGUGCUAACUGUUUCAUUAAAACGUAUAACUAACGCUCGAACGAAGCGUGCUGCAAUAUGCUUGCCUACAUUAGCACUAACAGUCCAUAUAAUGCAUAACAACCAAAAAAAGCAACAAAAAAACGCAUCACCUAAACUGAGCAAAAUCGCACAUCGAAAACAAAAGGAGAACAAAUUCAACAACAACAACAAAACCAUACAAACAAACGCGUACUAACAUUACAACAGUCGCUUAAUUAUGCAACUCAAAGUUGAACCUCUGUUUCAUCUACACCACUACUCACCAACAACAAAAAACUACAAAAACACAACAAGCAAAAAAUAACACACUCAAACAAAAAAAAACAAACGUAAUUAUUAUAAAUAAGAGAAUGGCUUAUAUCUGUGAUUUAAAUAAAAGAAAUAAUACACACACACAAAAGAGAAGAAAAAAACACUAUGAAAGUUUAAGUAAGAUGUUGAAUGAAAAAGCUAAGAAACGAUACAAAAAGAAAGGAAAAGAAUCAAAAACAAACACGCAACAGCAUAAUAUAAAUCAGCAAAAGGAUAUAAAGAGGGGUGCGUGUGUGUGUGUGUAUAUUAGUGCGGGAGUAUAUGCAAACAAAACUAGCAAAUGAGAUUGAGAGAAAGAAACACAAAACAAGAGAGCGCAAGAUAAAAGAAAGAGAGAGAGAGAGAGCAAGCAAGAGGGAUAAAGAGAGAUGUUAUUACAGAGUGUUUAAGAUGAUAAGCGAAGUGGACGUAAUACGUUAACAUUGAAUUAUUAAAACAAGAAAAUUGAAACGUGCUUUUUAAAUAUUUUCUAUAUGAAGACAUUACAUUAUAUAGAUAUAUACAUAUAUACAAUUACCAAAACGACAAAGGAGCAAAAACCGAAUAUAAGAAAGUAAAAGAAUGAAGGAAAAAAGAGACAAAACAAAACAAAACAAAACGAUACACUCACAACCAAAAAACAAAACAUAUGUAGUAAAGGACACAUCUGUAGCACAAAUUUGCAAUCGCAUAAUGGUUGGUAACAAGUGGGGUGGGGUGAGGGGAGGAAAAGAGAAACACAUACAACAUACACAUACUAGUGCAUACAAAAGGGAAAACAGCAAAAUGAAACAAAAGUGACAGAAUGGAGGUGAAUAUGGUGCACCUAACACAAGCGGCAAUGGAAAUGUGUCCGAGGGGUCUGAAACGAAACUGCAAGCAGCAGUAAAAGCGGAAAUGUUAGCAAAAUAGAUAAUUCAAAAAAUGUUACAUUAAAUUAUACUCUUAUAUAUAUAUACAUACGUAUAGAUAUACAUAUACAUAGAGAACGUAAUGUGUAAGAUCGUGUACAAUGCUAAGUCUCUAUCGUUACGACUAGAAGUUAGGUUAUCAUGCACUCGUCAAAUCAUCUCCAAUCACAAAAAGAGUGUUGUGGCCACCAUUAUUACGCUCAUAAAACCCAGUUUUCUAGCGAAACGCCAACAGCAGCAAGGCUCAGUUCGAUAAUACUAUCCCAAAAUCCCUAUUGCUGCUACUAGUAAUAUACUAUCACAACUACUACCCAAUACUUCUACCAUCAUUACUACUACGACGCAGUUACUUAUACUUUUCACCAUUUUGCUACCAAUAGAAUCCGAUGGACAUUCUGCACUUACAGUUCUCAAUGUAACCAACAUAACCAUUUACUACCAACUACUACCAAACGUUAGUAUCUCUUCAGGUAUUCAGGCAGCAGCUUAAUGGUGGCACAACAUUCACAGUUUUCUUUUCCAUUGCAUUGUUUCCUUGUUCGUUCGCACUAGCCAAGCGAAAUAUGGCACCAUUCACCAUUUCAGUUCUCCUCCUUUCUCUCUCUCUCUCUCUUUCUCUUUCUCUCACUCUCACUCUCUCUCUCUCUAGUCCUGUUCUAGUCAAUUUUUAAGAUGGCAGUAGCAAAUAGUGAUGUUAUUGUAUGUAGUUUAAUUGUUUAAUUUUCAACUGUUCGGUUUUAGUUGUAACGGUGCUGUGGGGCAAAAUGUUACUUAGUUUGUAUUGUGGUUUUUUUAUGUUUACUCUAUAAACAUAUAACUUUUCAGUUUAAUCUACACUUGAGGCAAAUAAACAAACAAAAGUUAUUAUUUACUGUACGAGUGCCGGUUAAGUUUACUUUCUUGCAGCAAGAAAAGAAAGCUAACAGCAGCUUGUGUUUUUCGCGUUGAUCCAUUCCACCAUCGAACAUUUUCUUUUGUUUGUUGGCAUAUUCAUGGCUCAGAAUCAUCAAACGUUGCGCAUCCAUUUCUUAACUCAUCGAACACACCAAUCAAACAAACAAAGAGAAAGUGAAAGAAGUUGUUCACGCGUUUAUGGUAAGCGUCGAACAAAGGUAGUGCAAAAAUAAAGUAAAUCAACAAACGAGCGCGGUCUAGCAAUGUCCUAGUUUUUUUCCAAAAACAACCAAACAAACAAAAACACAUAUAAAAAAAAAGUUGUAUAAAAAAAAACACAUUUCGGAACAGCACAUAAAACACACGUGGCACGAAGCGGAAUAGUCUGUAAACAAAACAAAAGAAAAAGAGAUUAUUUAUCAUGCUACGGAAAAAGCUACAUCCAGAAUUCAACCUAUUUGUCGGUAAAGCGGAAUAAUAUUAAGCAAAAAAAAAAGGUACAGCAAAGUCAAAAUUACGAUUUAAAACAAAUGUUUGAACGUUUAGGCAAUUUGUGUCUUCGUUUAUGAACACUUCUAGGAAACAAAAUCCCAAAAAAAUAAAAGCGACAAACUGUAAGAUACGAUAUCUCAUCACAUCUCGCUUGUGGCCAUUUCUAGCAAAUGGAAGCAAAACGCGUAAUGCCUACCAACAAAAACAAAGAAACACUUUUCGAAACAGGCCAACGAAAAAUAGUAAGAGAAAGCAAAAGAAAACAACAUAAUACUAACAAAAGCACAAAGAAAACAGCUGGUAAAACCGAUAAAGUCCAACCAUGGUGUAAGAAAUAGUGAAAAAAUCAUCCUACAACUAAUUAAGAAAGCAACAUUAGCGGUCGGAAAACAUGUACAAACGCAAAACAAAACAGAACACAAAACAAGAAACCGUUAAAAUUCAAAUUGUUCGCACUUUUGGCGAUUUUCUAAUCAUUUUUUUCCUUUCUUUUGUACCAUCAACCAUUCCUUCACAGUAAGUGCAAGAAUUUCGGACGCCGUAGUACGCAGCAUUUAAAUCACUUACCUUUUGCAGUUCACUACAGUUAUAGAAGGGAGACUUUGCUUAAAUUUAUCUCUUUCUCUCUAUCCCUGUCUCCCUGUUUUAUUCACUGUCAGAAUGUGUAUCCUUGCCGGGUACACAACCGAAGGAAUUCAGUAUAAAAAAACCCUCCCCAAAAAAAUAGAUAUUUAUAUUGUAACACAAAACAACGCGCAACAAUCACAACAUUUUUGCGAUACACGUUUACGGAUAUUACAAUACGGAAGAGCAAAUAUUAAUUAAUCACCAGCAUAACACAUACACACAGACAUUUUCGUGCACUUUCCAAACGUAUUGUAUGAUAGCCGAAAAAUAGACAAACGAGAUGGUUGGUAGGAAAGAAAUUAACAUUCAAACCACAUUAAGCGGUAAACGACAGUGAGAAACUUAACACAAAAGCUGCAACACAAACAAGCAAACAAACAAACAAACAUGUUUAAAUUGUUGCAAACGAACCGCAUGAAAAAAUGUAUCGAAACUGAGUGAACGUUGUACAUUUAUUCGAGAAGCGUUUCAGUUGGAUCGUAUCGUUUCACAAUCAAAUGCAGCAUCACAUAUUUAGUAACAUUUUAAUUCCGUACAACCCCAUUCACAUUGAAGUAAAGACACAACUUUGACAAAAGUUAAACAAAGAAACAAACAAAAGGAAAAGACAAACAUUAAACGAAACAUAACUAACGAGCACUACACUGCAUGUUUUCAGCAAGCAAUCAACCGAAAGUAAAACAACACUUAGUCAAAGGACAGUUAAGUAUGUUGAAAGUAUGAGCAGAGGGAGAGCGGGAAAAGAGACGACGGGAAACAUUAUGUAAAAGUGGCACAAUUCGAUGAAAUAAUGAGAACAAACGAUAAUUCAAAUAAAAGAAAUAAAAACUCAAACAAAAUUA